AUGGGGUUCUUAAGUUUUGUCUUCCUCUUAGUCCUAUACUUGCUGCAGGAGUCCAAUACUUCCCUCAUUCAGCUGAGUAACAAUGGCUAUGAAGGCAUUAUCUUUGCUACAGACCCUCGAGUGCUGGAAGAUGGAAAAAUAAUUGAACAGAUAAAGGCUGAUGUAUUAGUUGCACCACCUACCUUCCCAGGUAGAGAUGAACCAUAUAUAUACUUCACAGCUUGUGAAGAAAAAGGAGAAUGCAUUCAUUUCACCCCUGACUUCAUCCUUGGAAAAAAACAAAAUGAAUAUGGACCAUCAGGUAGGAAUUUUGUCCAUGAGUGGGCCCAUCUCCACUGGGGAGUGUUUGAUGAAUACAAUGAAGAAGCACCUUUCUACAGUGCUAAGUCAAAAAAAAUCGAAGCAACAAGAUGUUCCACAGGCAUUACUGGUAUAAACAGAGUUUAUAAGUGUCAAGGAAACAGAUGUACAAUUAGAGCAUGCAGGAUUGAUUCUGAGACAAAACUGUAUGAAAAAGAUUGCCAAUUCUUCCCUGAUAAAGAACAAACUGAAAAGGCAACCAUAAUGUUCAUGCGAGGUAUUAAUUCUGUUGUUGAAUUCUGUAAUAAAGAAAACCAUAGCAGAGGAACUCCAAGCCUACAAAACAAAAUGUGCAAUUCCAGAAGUACAUGGGAGAUGAUCAGCAAUUGUGAGGAUUUUAAAAACACAACAUCUUUGGUGGCACCACCCCCUCUACCUGUCUUCUCACUGCUGAAGAUCAGAGAAAGAAUUGUGUGCUUAGUUCUUGAUAAGUCUGGAAGCAUGAGUGGUUUUAAUCGCCUGAAUCGAAUGAAUCAAGCAACAAAACAUUUCCUGCUGCAGACCAUUGAAAAUGGAUCCUGGGUGGGAAUGGUGCACUUUGAUAGUACCACCAACAUUAAAAGAAAUCUAAUCCAAAUAAUAAGCAGCAAGGAAAGAAACAACUUCUUGGAGAGCUUAACUACAGAAGCUAAUGGAGGAACUUCCAUCUGUGCUGGAAUUAGAUCAACAUUUCAGGUAAUUAGAGAAGUAUACCCUCAAAUAGAUGGAUCUGAAAUUGUCUUGCUGACUGAUGGGGAGGAUAACUCUGCAAAGAACUGUAUUGAUGAAGUGAAACAAAGUGAGGCUAUCAUUCAUUUGAUUGCUUUGGGACCAUCUGCUGAUCAAGCCAUCAUAGAGAUGAGUGCUAUAACGGGAGGAAACCAUUUUUGUGCUUCUGAUGAAGCCCAGAACAACAGCCUCAUUGAUGCUUUCGGGGCUCUUGCAUCAGGAAAUACUGAUCUUUCCCAACAGCCUCUUCAGCUUGAAAGUAUGGGAUUAACACUCAACAAUAAUCCUUGGAUGAAUGGCACUGUAAUAAUUGAUAGCACUGUGGGAAAGGACACAUUCAUCACAUGGACCAGACAGGCUCCUGUUAUUUCUCUCUGGGAUCCCAGUGGAACACCAAUGAGAAAUUUCACAGGGGAUGCAGUUUCCAAAAUGGCCUAUCUCAGUAUUCCAGGAAUUGCAGAGGUGGGUGUUUGGACUUACAGUCUUCAACCCAAAGCAUAUCCAGAAACAUGAACUAUUACAGUAAAUUCUCAGGCAGCCAAUUCUUCUGUGCCUCCAAUCACAGUGAAGGCUAAAAUGAACAAAGACACAAACAGUUUUCCCAGCCCAGUGAUUGUCUAUGCAGAAGUUCUACAAGGGAAUGUGCCAGUUCUUGGAGCCAAUGUGACUGCUUCUAUUGAAUCAAAUAAUGGAAAAACAGAAGUUUUGGAACUUUUGGAUAACGGUGCAGGUGCCGAUUCUUUCAAGAAUUAUGGGGUGUACUCCAGAUAUUUUAUAGCUUAUUCAGAAAACGGCAGAUAUAACUUUAAAGUAUGGGCUCACAGAGGGACAAAUGUGGCUGCACAAUACUUACGGCAUCCACUGACUAGAGCUGCACAUAUACCAGGAUGGGUAGUGGAUGGAAAAAUUGAAGGGAAUCCACCAAGAGUUGAAAUUGACGAGGAUACUCAAACAGCCUUGGAGAGUUUCACUAGAACAGCAUCUGGAGGUGCAUUUGUGAUUGCAAAUGUUUCAAAACUUCCCUUGCCUGACCUGUACCCACCAAGUCAAAUCAUGGACGUUGAGGCCACCUUUGAGGGGGAUGGGAUCAGUCUAACAUGGACAGCACCAGGAGAUAAUUUUGAUGUUGGAAAAGCUGAACAGUGUAUCAUAAAAAUAAGUGGAAGUAUCCUGGACCUAAGAGACAAUUUUGAUAAUGCUCUCCAAGUAAGCACUACUGACCUGUUACCAAACGAGGCCAACUCCAAAGAAACCUUUGCAUUUAAACCAGGAAAUAUCUCAGAAGAAAAUACGACUCACAUAUUUAUUGCCAUUCAAAGUGUGGAUAAAAGCAAUUUGAGAUCAAAACUAUCCAACAUUGCACAAGUAGCUUUACUUAUUCCUCAAGCAGAACCUGGUCCUGAUGAAAGUCAUCCUAAUUCCGGAAUUAGCAUUUCUUCUUUGGUGUUGCUAGUGGUUGGAUCUGUGGCAGUUGUCAGUAUUAUUUUAAGUGCCACCAUUUUAAAUGAAAAGAGACAGCCCUACAUGGAGAAGGAAAACCUCUAUACCAACCUCAGAGAAUCAAGUAACUGUAGGAUUCCUGAAUGGAAAAAAAGAUUCACACCGGGAGCCACCCAACUGGCUGCUGCCCCUAGAGACAGAUCUAAACAGUUUCAAACAACCACCAAAAUUUUUGGCUUGGAAGUUAAAUUAGAAGAAAAUAUCCAGGUGAGCAGUUCAGGAAGACAAAAGAAUGAGGAUUUUGAGAAGUUAAAAGACAUAGAAGAUAGAUUCCCAGGACUGGACAAUCUCUUGAUGGUGAUGAUGAUGACCAUUACUAACCACCAUGAUGAGGAUAACAACUACACAAUCUAA